AAUUUAUAAAUUUGGAAGAACUUACUACUAGCGAAGCGGCUGCUAAGAUGAUUAUUGAAAUAGAUGUUCAUGGAGUUAAAAUUUUUACCUUUUUGGAAAAAACUAAGCAAGAAAUCCAAACUCUUAAAGAAAAAAUCAAUAAUAGUGAGCAACAAUAUCUGAUAUUCUUUGGCCAACUAAAACAAGAAAUAGUAAGGUUAAAAUUGGAUGAGUUAACUCCUCAAUUUCAAAAUAAAAAGGCUGAGUUAGAAGAAUUAGCACAAAUUGCUAAAAAUAAGGCAGGAGACAAUUUGGAAGCAAUAGUUAGCCUGCUUCUGCGAACUCAAGCUUCAAUAAUUAAACGAAAGAAAGGAAAUGAUUCCUUUGCCCAAGAUCAAUUAGAAGCUUUUCGAGAUAUCUUGCAAAGUAAAUUAACUAGCGAAGAAUUAAAGACUUUACUAAGCAAGCAAAUUGAACUUACUAACUCAGAGGAACAAUUAAAUAAAUUACAGCAAAUUCGAGACCAGCAAACCGCCCAAAUCCUCCAAACAAAUCGCUAG